AUGGAUGUCGACAUGAUUCACAGCCAACAGCUACCGGUUGAGCAUGAACUGUGGUUUCAACAUACCGAUGCUGCUGCAGGAAGACCUGAUAUCCCAUUUCCGGUUGACCUCCCAGACGACUUUACACGCUGGGCCAUGGAGACUGGCGAUAUCAUCUCGUUUCCCGAGUCCAACUUCAAAGAUCCUACGUUUCCUCUACCAGCAGGUCUUGAGCCUCACAGCGAGCAUUGGCCCCCAGCUUCUUUACCUAACCUGGACUCGAGCGAGAGCGCCUUAUCGCUGACUACUUCCAGCCCCUUUUCCCAUUACGAUGGUGUGGCAGACCUACAUCGGUACCUCAGCGAAAAUGCAGGCGCUACAAAGCGAUUAGUUCAGCUAUACUUUGCAGACGUGCACCCUUUCUGGCCUAUUUUACACGAGCCAACUUUUGAUGCCGGAAAUACUCCCGAUUUACUACUGGCAUCCAUGGCCAUGCUUGCGAGCUGGGUGAAACACGAGCUGGACUGCCUGAGACUUGGCCCUUUAGUCUUUGAGGCAAUCUCUGCCAUUCGAGUGAGCACGGAUGGGAUGGCCGCACGGGCACUCCAUUUUAAUAGCGUCCUCGUGUCGACGUGUCGGCAUCAGGGUAUCUUCAGUGGUCAAUUUGCCCAGCAUAGCCCUGAUGAUUCUCCAUUCGCUUAUUGGUUAGCCCAAGAACAACAAAAUCGGCUCGCUUUCUCCGUCCUGCGCCUUGAUGCUUAUCUAAGCGUUCUCACGGACCACCCGCCUUCAGUUCGUUAUCAAGAGAUCUGCAUUCCCUUACCCAAGUCGGCGCGCCUUUGGAGCGCCGCGAGUGAGGACGAGAGAUCCAAUCUUCAGUGGAAGGAGCCUGCAGGUCGUGAAAAGGUUCCCUUCUUCUUUCUUAUCCGCGAUGCACUUGAUGUCGGGGGGAGGCAGCAGCUACCCUACCCCCUUAACGAAGCAGACUACCACCUGGGCCUCUGCUCCCUCCAAGCUGGAAUAUGGGACGCAGCCCGCGAAGCGCAUAGCUCUGCGGCGGACGAGCUAGUUGUAAAAUCGAAUGCCGUGGAUCCGAUCCGGCUCUGGCGUAGUCACCUCAAUCUAUGGCGGGCCAGUAUGGAGAAGGACUGCCAACUGCGUGGCCACUAUUUUUCCGGCGCCACUCUCAGUGCCGACCAAAUAUUCACCCCAAUCUUGCUCAUUCUCUGGCACCUUUCCGCUCUUAAUAUGCACGCACCUCUAGACCUCCUCCAAGGCCGAGGCUACUCUUUCAAAUCACCACCUGGGACUGCCAUGACCACGGUUAAGACGAAAGCGCACCUUCGCACCUGGAUGUCUUCGCUCUGCCCUCGGACGGCGGUGUGGAAUGCCGCACAGAUCUCCCGCGUGUUUGCACAAGAAUCCCAAACGCCCGUGCCUAGCGAGAGCAUGAUGCUCAACCCACUAGCCAUGCCCGCCUUGUUGAAGAGCGCCAUCGUGACCUGCUCGUACGCAUUCAAUACCCGUACGUGUGCUGCCUGUAUCGGAGUGCCGUGCGUUGAUGCGGUCGAUCUGUUCAGUGCGGACGACGACGACGAGCGGUUGGUGCGGUGGAAGCAGCACGGCGAACCCUCGCGACCUGGGGCCCGAGCGAGAUCCUGGUGUGUCAGUGUAAUUUCAAACCACUGGCGAUGUGGUUUCAAAAGUUUCUUGUUCGAGAUAAGCGCGCCGCCGUGGAGUUCAUGUCGUUUCUGGGAUAGUCGGUUUGGAUGA